GUUGUUAUUUGUCCUUCCUUCUCCAAGAGGACCAUGGUAUGAGGGAGGUGCCAUGACAUGAAAGUGAAUUAGAUUUAAGGGAGCAAGAGCUGUGCAAAAUCAUCUGCCUCACCUUCCUCUCCAGAGCCAUCAGGGUUUAAUGGCCAGAUAUAGAUCAGGUAGACUGGAGAUGGCCCUGGAUGAAAUGGGAGACCUUCGGCUUUUUUAAGCUAAAGUCUUCAACAGGUCUCAGUUAAACCGGGGCAGCACCCAUUCAGUCAUUCAGGAUAGGUAGAAAUUGAGGUAAAGAAUCUACUUGCACCUAGUCAGAAAAAAAAAAGAAAUCUAAAAAAGAAAGAAAGAAAUCUGGGAGGGGAAGACACCCAAGGUUUCUGGCCAAAGCAGAAAUGAUUGCUAUUUACAUUCAAUCUUAAUCAAACAGGACCCAGACUAUGACCAAAUGCCCUGGGACCUGUAGAUAGCUAAUCAAUGAGAAUCCGAGUGAUUUUGGUUUAUUAAGGCUUGGUCUUUAAGAAAGAAAUCUAAUCGGUAAACUCCAAGAUAUCUUGGGAGGGUUCAGGAUGUAUUCAGGAUGGAACAGUAUCAGGGAAUGUUUUAGUGCUCGUUUUACAGAUGUGGAAACUGAGACUUAGAAAGAAGGGACUUGCUUCAGCAUAUAUGAGUGGUAAGCAUCAGAAUCUGGAGAUGAAACCUGGACCUUGGGCUCCAAAGACAUUGCCACCAUGACUGAAGACAAGAUGAAAGGAUCUAACCAAAAACUUCCAUCUGUCCUGUUUCCAAGGUGUUAAUUUUCCAGGACAAUUCCAACCUCCUCUGCUGCCCCCUCCUGGCCCUGUGGAACACUACUGGGGGUAUUAAAGCUUGGCAGGGGGGAGGGGGUUGUACCUCCGCCUGAAAAGUGGGAGUGGGAAAUGCAGAUUAUCAGCUCUCCUCCCGGCUGGAAGCCGCGGGCUUGCUGUGCGUCCGCAGGGAAGAGAACUGAAGAACCAAACAGGGAAAGAAAGUGAUCAGGAGAGGAAAGCUGAAGGAAAAGGAGCCCACAGACAGACAGCAGCAGCAGGUAGAGCCCCUGGCUGCACAGGCUUGCCAGGAACGCCUUAGAGAACCUGACUUGGGCCACCUUCUCUUCUUGAAGGCAUAUUCUCCCAGCCCGCGUCUCUCCGUCUAACUCUUCCAUUGGCUCCAAAGGUCUACUUUAGACACUUAACAAUGCCUGGUGGUUUGGAGAAGGCCUGUCAUCGGUGCAUAUCAACAAUUGCAAGUAAUGCCUGCUUCAUAUUUGCCCUUCUGGCUUUUCUGGCCCUGCCCUUGUCCAUGGCUUUCACAGGAAUGAAGUUUUUGGAGGACUGCCCCAUUGAGCCACUCAUUCCCUUAUACUUACUAGUGGGCGGAAUCAUCGGCAGCUUGAAGGUCUCUCUUCUGCUCUAUGACUCCACCAAGAUGAGACAGCUACUCUCCAAGUCUGUUGUGAUCGAUGACGAUGAUGAUGAUGAAUAUCCCUGGAGACAGAACGCUCAUAAGUACUAUAUCCACCUCAUCCUCAGCCUCUUCCUCUUCAUCUGGUUCAUACUGGGCAACUACUGGGUCUUUUCCAUCUACAUGCCAAAUUUCAUUCCUCCAUUCCACCAGCCUCAAGAUUACUGUGAUAAAACCCUGUACCUCUUUGCUGUGAGUGUCUUGGUUAUAAGUCAUUCAGUGCUGUUCUUGCUCAUCUUUUGUAGCUGUUGCAUAUAUGUCUGUUCCAGGCAAAGGUAUACUAUUGAGGAAGACUAAUACACAGGUCCCAUUUCAAUGGAAAGACAAUAACCACACUCAUUCAGAAAAACAAUGAAGAAUCAUGAAAAUGCCCUUAUGGAUACCUUCCAAAAGAGAAAGGAUUCCUGGGGUUUGUGAACCUGUUUUUUUAAAAAUAUUUUGAUAGCUUUGUUUCAAUAUCAUUGGUUUCCUUUGCAGUUCUACAUAUUUUAUUUUAUUUUCUGUAUUUAAAAACAUUAUUCUGAAAGGGGUCAUAAACUUUACUAAACUCCCAAAAAGGCCCAUGAUCCAAAAAAUAAAAUUAGAACCUUUGUUCUAAACAUAUAUAUUGCUUUGGUAGGGACACCACUUUCUUGUUCUCAUUUGCCAUCUUUUACAUUCAGAAUUUCAUCCAUAAGGAAUGUUGCUUUGUUUUGUUUUUUUCUUGAGGUAGGGAUAGAAAGGAAAAGGGAAAGGGGAAAGACUUUUCUUGUGGGAAGUAUUUACCUCACCUGGCUGUUGUGAAGCUCAAAUGAAAAGAUGUAUAUAAAGUACUUUGCAGCCUUUGAAAUUCCAUAGAAAUUCCAGUUAUUAUUAUAUCAUUAUCAUAUUUUAUUAUUCCCAUUAUUAGCAUCCAAAUAUACUGAUUGUCAGUCACUACAACCACUCAGUGUUACAGGAUCCAAGGCCUGACUGGCUAUUUUAAAAUGCCAAGAAGACCUGUUAUCUGUGCUUUGAGAUACAAAGUCUGUGCUUUGAGACACAAAGGCUGCUCUUUUAAUUAUCCUAGCCAUCCUUUGGAGGAAGAGAAAAGCACCACUAGGUUUGCUCAGUCACUAUCUGACCCCAUGGGAGCUGGCCAAGGUCUAUAUUAAAGUCUCCUUUCAGAAGGGAACCAUAUGACAUUCUAGCCCAGCUUAGAAUGCUACCAUGAAUGUGGAACAGAAUGCUCAUAAAUACUAUAUCUCAGUGCUGACAGAUGAGAGUCAAUUGGCCAAUGAGCAUUUAUUAAACAUUUACUCUAUGUCAGACACUUUUCUAAGCACUGGUUUACCAAGAAAAACAAAAACACUGUCCUUGCUUUCAAGAAGCUUACAUACUAAUAGAACAGAAUCAUUAUGAAUAGAAGGGUUUUCUUUUAAAAUAGAGUAUAUGAUAUUAUUGCAAAGCUAUUGACUUGGCUUUAAGUUUAUAUUUCUCCCUGCCUUCCAGUCUCUCCUACCUGUCCAAUAUUUAAUUUAUGAAAAUGUAGACAGUAUUGUCAAACUCACCUUGAAAUGGAUAUGGAUGUAUGUGUAUAUAGACACACACACACACAUACAUAUCUUUAGAUGUGGAUAUAUAAGGAUCCCUAUGGGUGCAUAUUGACUUAGAAAACUACAUAUUAACAUUGUCCAUGUUUUAUAGCAUUUCCAAUUACAUUCCCAUGUGGUUUGGGCUGAUAGGCUGCCCAGAGACCAUAUGUCUGACCCUUCUUUUAUAGGCAGCAUUAGUGUAUCUGAGGCUGCUGUUCCAAGGUAUACUGAACACCUUCUUAGCCUCUCAGAAGCUGAAUAUCAUUUUUAGCUCCAUUCUUUUGUUAUAUCUGAGGUUGCGUUAACCUUCUACUCAAGACAACAGCUAAAUAAUACAGAUUUCUUUGGGUGUUUGUUUUCUUAAUGAAUAAGGCAGGAAAGCUGUUAGUUCCAUGAUUUACAGAAAUAAAUCCUCCAAAGGAAAAGGACACAGAGUUAUAUUUGUAGGUAUACAAUCAGGUUUUUUCCUUCUAUUCCAAUCAGGUGCAUGUGCUGUAUAUAUGCAUGUUUUUAUGGUGCCUAUCUUGAAAAAUACUCUCCUUCUGGUGCUUUCUAAUCAAAACCAACAACAGAGUUGCAGUCAAUCUGGAGCACUGCCUUUCAGCAAAAACAUCUGGGUUAUUUAAAAAAGCAGAUUCCCUUCUAUAGUUUUGCAUUGAAAAGCUUCCAUGUUUCUCAUGGAGGCAUAUGCUUGUGUUUCUAAUAUCAUCCUGUGUACUGUACUAUACAUUCAUGGGACUGUGAUGUGGAGAUGAUUUUGUUCAACCUGAGAUGUACUUAAGCCCAACUCUCAUUUUGGAGUUAAAGAAAUGUCUACCUGGACAAUAAGGGCAUUUCACAGAGACACAGACUUUCAGUGUCAAUCAACAAAUGUUUUUUAAGCUACCACUGUGUGCCAGACACUGUUCUAAGUUCUGGAGAUUCAAAAAAAGGCAAAUACAGUCAAGAAACUCCCACUCUAACAGGGAAGACAACAUGCAAACAAUUAUAUAUAUAUAGCUUGUAAGUUACAUGUAGUUUAAAUGGAAAUUAUCAGCAGCGAGAAGGUGCUAGAUGCUCUCCAGUUUAUCAAUAUCCUCUUUAAUAUGUAAUGCCUAGAACUAAAAAUACUACUUCGGAUGUCAGAUGUCAUCCAGUAGGGGCUAGUUAAUGAAACCAUCACCUUCAUACUAAAUGUUCUAUGUCUCUCUUCAUGUGGUCUAAGAUGGCAAAAGCUUUUUUGACUCCUUUAUCAUGCUGACUGAUUUUAAACUUAUACUACAAAAAAAACCUCCCUGAUCUUUUUUAUAGUCAUCUCCCUCUGGUUUGUACUUGCCAAGUUGAUUUCUUGAAGCUAAGUGUAAGAAUUUAUAUUUAUCUCCAGUUUUAUCUUAUUAAAGUCUACCCAAGUUCAAGCCCAGGAAAUGGUAAUUGACUCUUGGGCUAAAUCUGGCUCUUACCUGUCUCAUGAAAAUGGUGGGCUGGAUUUGGACCUCAAACAGUAAUAUUUGAGUCCUGUUUUGUCUAGAUCUAAUUAAUAGCAUCUGUAUCUUUUUGCAUCCUGACCAUCCUCUAGCAUGUAAACUGUCCAUCCAAGUUUUGUGUCUUCUGUAAAUACUAUAAGCUUACCAUCUAUGGCUUUACUUAUUUCAUUGAUAAAGAUAUUCAGCAGAACCAAACCAUGAUGAGAUGUUCAAGAGAUGGCCUUGCAAGUUGACAUUUAUUAAUGGUUCAUCUUCAUGAAUUCAAAUCUAGUCUCAGAUAUUUACUUGCUGUAUGACCCUGAUCAAGUCAAUUAACCCAGUUUGCCUCGGUUUCCUCAUCUGUAAAAUGAGCUGGAGAAGGAAAUGGUAAAGUACUCCAGCAUCUCUACCAAGAAAACCCCAAAUGGGACCAUAAAAAAUUCCACUACUGAAAAAAAAAAAAAAAAAAAACCCAACAACUGCAAUUUGAUGUCCAAUUACUUAUUAAUGGCUUUUUUUUUUUUUUUUUGGGGGGGGGAGGAACUUCAACUAGUUUUAAAUUCAUUAAAUUGUACUAUGUCACUUAACCCACCUCUCUCUAUCUAGUCGGCAAGGUUAGCAUAAGAGAUUAUAUAAAUCUCUGCUCUGCUGAGACUUGAGUAGAGUUCUCAUUGCUUAAGGGCCAGAGCUUAGCAAUGCUUUCUUGGUUGAGCAGAGAUGAGGAAAUCGUCAUCUUUUUCUUUGAUUCAUCCCAUGCAUGAAGGGAGAUUGCUUGCUAUAUAGUGUGUAGCAGUGAUCACUAUGGGAAUAUGAGCUUCUUUUCACCAUUUGUAGUUGUUGUGCCCUAUGGAGAAAAAGCAUGACUCCUUCCAGGGAAAACUCAGUUCAGGUGGGUGUCAUGUCAAAAUAAUGCUGUUCAUGUUUGCUGAUGGAAUCUACAUGCAAUUUGAUAGAAUGGGAGACCCUAGAAGACUUGGUGGUUCCAGUUAACUCUCUGGCCAUCAAUGGGGAGCGUCCUGGAAGAACCAAUUUCUGCUCUUUCUAUAGCAGUCAUCACAGGCUAAAGUGAAGCAGACCUAUUACACUUGGCCAGUGUAGAACUUAUUGGCUGUCAGUCCCAUGAUUUUAAUAUCAACUUCCAUGAUUUCAUGUUAUGUCUGUAUGUUGUUUACUUUGUGCAAUGAUAGAGUUAUGGUUUAGCAUGAGAUGAUGCAGAAUGAUAAUUGAUUUUGCAGAUGUCAUAAAUACCUUUGUUUUUUUUUUGUAAGGCUGUUGUUUUUCUAACUUUGGUGAAAUAAAUUUUGAAUAAGCAA